AUGCUGGUCAUUCACGCACUGCUACUGCUCUAUAUCCCAAUGAGCUUGGGACUCCCUCAACCUUACAUCACCAUCAUCAUGGAAUACCACAAUCUGGCCAGGAAGUCCGUGUACCCUGGCGCGGCAGACAUGCAGACAAUGGUAAGUGAUAACGCUUAAUCCGUAAUGCAAACUAGACGCGACAGGGCCUUAUUAAGAGGAACAUUUCUGACGUUCAUAUUUGCCUUUAGACCUACGACAAAAAAUUGGAAAAACUGGCUGAGGAGUGGGUGAGCCAGUGUGUGUACGAACACCCAACAUCGGAAAGAUAUAAGCCGUACGGGCAGAAUCUGGCGGUUGCGGGAAAUCGAGAUCCCCUCGACAGUCUACACAUUGCAAUGACCCUGUGGUAUGCGGAGAGAGCGGAGUAUCUCGGUAAGGAAAAUUACUGCUUGAAACAACCCUGCACACAUUACACCGCGGUACGUUCAUUUCUUUGGCAGAAUUUUCAAAAUAUGAAAAAUCACCUCUGUUAAUUGUAGAAUUUUCCGUUUCCUUGAUGUUCUAAAUCACGACAGGCUGCACCACUAGAUUUGUCUCAGGUCGGUUAUUUUUUGUCUGUCUCACUGUAGAUGAUUUGGGCAAAUACAACCAAAGUAGGCUGUGCCUACAAUAGAUGUGACAACAUAUUCGGCAUGAAGACGUACCUGUGGGCAUGCCAAUACUAUCCCAGGUAAGUUGGAUUUUUCUUACGCAGCAAAGUUGAACAAAUGGCCUACGUGCAGUUUAAAGCCGUUUGCACAUUUGUCAGUUUGUUUGCAUACCGUGUAGUGCAAUGCUAAUACGACAUAUUAAAAGUUAUAUAAUUGUCCCUUAUUAGUUUCGCAAACGUGGCAGUCAUCCACACGAGAGUGUUAUUCGGAAUCCCACCCCAAUUUCAGCAUCGCCAGCGGAUGUCGUCUCGUCCGUGUUUAUUUCUGAUUGGACUAGUAAGCUGGCUGGGAAUCGGUAACGCUUAAUUCAGCCCUCUAUGCCUUUACUGACAAUGCGUCUCGAUUCGCAGUGAACGCAUUUUAGCAUUACAUAUUAUGCUGUGAUCUCACUUCGCCUAAAAUGCACUCAUGCUGUCUCCUUGUCAGAGCAACAGGAGAUCAUGUUUCCGGGGAAAUGGGAAGUUAUUUUUGUCCAUGAAGUUAAAAGGACAUAAAUCAUUGGUGUUGGCGACGGCGAAUUCAGAGAGAGACCCGCUUUACUUUGGAAAAAUCAUAUUCCGAAUUUUGCAGGAAGACUUUCAUUUGGAUUAGUAAAAAAGGGGUACGCAAGACACAUAGCAUAAGAGGGCUACAAGCGAUAAUUCAUGGCACCACGAAAACUCGCUGCUAAAUAAUUUCCAAAAUUCGCGCCAGAUUUCACUUUCUUCAAAACAGUGCCAAGGUAAUGUGUAGAUAACUCCAAUACUGUGGUUAAGAUAUACGAAGAGAAUAAAAAAUCGGUAUUUGAUGCGUAAAAUAGGGCCGAGCGCGCUAAUAUAAAAAAAUUUCAAUAAGAAACGUCUGGAGUCGUUUAUCGGAUCUGGUGCAGUUGCGGACAAAGCAACUACGUCGGAGAAACCGGAAGACAACUUCGAACGCGAAUGGCCGAACACGCUGCUGCGGUGCGGAGAAAUUACGCCAGCUCUCAAGUUGCGGCUUAUUCGAGGGGUUCCGGCCACACAUUCAAGUUUGUCGAGGCCGAAAUUCUCGCAAGAGGUGGCAACCGCGUGAGCCGGGUGCUGCUUGAAUCAUGGUUCACUGGCCCCCAGUCUAUUAACAAGGGCAAUAAUUUUCCCAUUUAAUACACCGUGCUAAGACUUUGUCUAGGCGGAGUAAUUGGCCACGCGGGGAGCGCACUGGUGAACACUCUUCCCAACACCCGGGUCAACGCGUCAGAUGGUCGAGCAAUCAUCACACCAACAUCCAACGCACGUGAUGAAAUUGCAGCAAUUAACGACGCGAAUAUCGACCAUCACGCCACGUGCAACGAUUCCUGAUGAAGGGGAGGGAGCCGUGAAUAUUCAUAGGUAUGCGGUAGCAUGGCUACUGCAUUCUGUAAAUACUGCAGCGGCAUGUGCAUGAACCACGCUUAUCUGCUUAUGUCUCUGAUGAUGGAUUCGAGUAGGAAUCCGAAACGUCAGGCUAAUAAAGCUCUUGUCCCGGCGAUCGUUUCUUCUUCUACAAUAAGAAUGGAGUUUAGCUAAAAGUGGCGGCUCAGUUCAGAAAGCCCGCCAUGCUUGCAUAAUGUGGGGUGCAACGCGCCUAAAGGUUCCUCAAAACGAUCGGAUUAUUUUUUUAAAUUUUCGAUCGUGACAGACAACAAGAAGAGAGACUCGUUCGACAGUCCAUCUCGAUAUAGGCAUCGUCAACGGACGAAGUCUAUCCUAGGCACCACUCAUUCUUAAUGCAGGCCUCCAUGGCUUUAAAGACAAUGCGUCUCGAUUAGCAGUGAACGCAUUGCAACACUGCACAUUAUGCUGUGCACUCAUUUCGCCUAAAAUGCACUCAUGCUGCCUCCUUGUCAGAGCAACAGGAGAUCAUGUUUCCAGGGACAUGGGAAGUAGUCGUGUCCAUGAAAAUAAAAGGACACGAAGCGCGGGUGUUGGUCAUGGAGGAAAUCGUGUACACUGAUAAUCUAAGUUUUUUUGUCGCGACGACGAAUGUCUAUGCAGAUUUACAACUGCAAGUCCUCUUGCAGAAGAGGCGAGCAAAUUUGGGACUGUAUUUCAUAAUGUUUGCUCAAAGAUCCUGGGUAAGCUGCGCUCAAUUAUUUGACACAAAUUCCUUGCUCUAGUUCCCUGCGCAAUAACAGAAAACAAUGUUCUAACCAAGAAUUUUCUGGCCAUAUGGGAACGUUUGUGUUGUAUGAUAAAGAUGGAAUUUGAGAUAUUCACAGUUAUCUGUAUUCCAUUAUUCCUCGUGAUAUUUAAUUGAAUAAGCUUAACAAAACGAAGUGUGCGAAAAGAUACAUUGCACAAUGGAUUUCCGAGUUCAAUUACUGACCCCACAGUUAUUUCUAAAUUUCAGAGGAAAUUGGAUAGGCGAUGAGCCGUACAAGAAGGGCAACGCCUGCUCCAAAUGUCGCCGUGGACAGAAAUGCAGACUGCGUCAAUGUCUCUAAUGUCGAUAUUCUUUAUCCCAAGGCAAAUAGGAAAAGAUACGCCCUAUACUGGUGUGGGACAUUAUGUUUUGUGGUCAUAUAGAGGUGUUGAAGAAUAAAAUAUUUGCCAAGAAGUCAUUAUUUUGUCGCACAUACGCGGGAAAUCAUGCAACUGGAAACAGCGAACGGACGCUAGUAAGCGCCCGAAUAACCCCGCGAUUGUCUGAUUGAAGGAGCACAUUGGCUGUAUGCCUUGUGUAUUCUGCAUUUGCUGUGUAUGGACUCGCAGAUCGAUGGAUCAGCCAACAAGUCCGCCUAUUGGCCAAUUGGCUCGUACGAUGGCAGUUUCAUUCUCAGUGUAUUUAUCUCGUUAGUAGAAACAUUUUGAUCAUCCACUGAGUUCGAGAGAUACGGCUGACUCAGUUACUAUGCGGCAGUCAGGUGCUUCAGCAUUAGCUUGUUACCGUACUCCAUGACAUUGUCCGUAGAAAAGUUUAGAUAAAGGGUGAUAACGAGCAACUUCAUUUUCUUUGAGAAACAUUCCAAUAAGUUAGGACUACACUAGAUGUGCUAAGUCUGUUGCUUUAAAGUUUACAAUGUGUUCAAAUCCACAGGUUAAUUUUAUGAACGCCUAUAUUGUCUUCUUAAAAUACCUGGGUGGAAUGUAUAGUUUUCCGUCCACCGAAAAUUAAUAAAUUAACUAGUUUACUAAUUCAAUUUUUAGGGACAUCGAAUAUCAAUGAGGAAAUCGCAUGCCAUAUAAUUAGUCAUUUUCUAUACAGUUUGAUAUUUGCAGUCGGCCGAAUAGAAGUUAUUUUGAAAUUCAGCACUCUGAAGUAAUUGGAUUAUCAUAGGGUAAUUCUGCAAGGUCAUUAAUAUUACUACCCUACCGAAGUAAUCUUCUUGAGCCUUCACAUUGAACACAUCUUUGUACACGCUGUCCGUAGGAUGAAUAGCUGACAGGCCAAUGGACAUAUUGCGAAUUUUUUUGAUGUUAUGUCUAUGCCGCAACCAUUGAUGAUGCAUGAUGCCACAUAUCUAAUUUAGCACUAGUCCGAAGAUGGUGAAUGCCAUGCAGUCGAUCCGAUUUAAGUCUCAUUCAUAAGUCUACCCCGUUUUAAUAUUCAAAUUGAUCAUGAAAAACUGGGAUUUGCUUGCUGAUGAAACGUCUACUCGUCUUUCAUGACAAUUUCUGGGCCGACCCAAAAGCAUAAAUCCCUGAUAACCUAAGCCUCGUCCAUCCCUGAAUUGACUCCCCAAAGUAUUAGCUUAAUGAUGCUCUCGAUGUCAUACACCGGAGAGUGCAAAUAAUACUUUGAGCGACUCACUGGGGAGCUGAACCACUAGCAGGUUUGUCAUGCGGAAUCGAAACCAUCGGCAAAAUAUGUUCUGGGCUUUAAGGUAGUACCUAUGUAGUAAGGUAUAGCCCUCUGCCAUAUAUAUAUGGACGUACAAAUCUGAGUAUUUGAAAAUUUGGUAGGCUACGUGGCUGCAUCUGACGGACACAAUAUAUUUAGGGGUUAGUGGUUAGAGCACAGGGUUAGGAGUUAGGGUUAGGGGUGGGGGUUAGGAUUAUGGAUUUGGGUUAGGGUUAGAAUUAGGGGUUAGGUGUCGGGGUUAGGCAACUGUUUUUCAACUACUCGGUGUACAACCGCGCAUCGCCAAUAGCUCUUCUUUUGCAAGCAAUUACUUGACCCCCUCGUCUGUGCGUUCCCCAGCCCCACCUGUUAAAUCUCCUAUCAUCACUGUUUCCUUAUGACAGGCGGCUGAGGCAUGUCUACCGCACGUACGGUUACACAACCACAUUUAUCCCCCUCACAAAGAACUCGCGGUUGCUUGCGGAUUUGUGUAGAAUAUUGUAGGUCAUGAAGAUUUAAUAUUUGCUUAAUUGUACUGUUUACUUGCCUGUGUGCGAACAACCCGCUGACAGAAUGGCAGGCUGUUUUGCAACAAGAUGUAUCUUGAGAAUCAUUGCCUGAUUGCAGCUUGUUAAAUGUCAGGGAGGUCAUGAAGUACUCCAUUUACCUCAGGACAGCGUCGAGGUCGUAAACUUUGUUGAAAGUAGAAAAAUUACCACAUUUUCAACAAUCUGGUCGGAAUGCAUCCAAUGUCCUAGGACGGUCACUUCAGUUCAGUUUAGUUUGAGGGAAAUGUAGGUCUUCACCUUUGAACUCCAUAUUUGCUUACGAGCUCAAGAACCGGAAGGUAUCAAAAGGUAAGAAAUAAGCGGACAAUCGUCAACUCUGUAGAGAUAAUUAUUCUGUAGAUCGGGUUUGGGUAAAGGAGGGGAGGUGGAGUUUUAAACACCACAAUUGCAGUCAGCGCCAGGGAGAAGGUGGGUCCCGACGAAGGUAUUUAUAUGCGUGUGGCUGGUUUGGUGGUUUUGCCCCACAUCACCGUGUAGACGCCAGAGACUAAGAUCAUCAAAAGCCUUUUUCGCUAGAACGGGCAUCUUGAUCGAUUCUUUGCUAAGAACAGGACCGAAACACCACAAAUCUCCCAAUACCGACGCAGGAAAGAAAAGGCUCUUCAUCAGUGUCCAGUUUCAAGGGGACGCGCCAAACCAACUUCUAAAAAUGGCGCAUAACUCAAGUUGUACCACCCACCUUUCCAGUAGCUGACGACUGUGUACACUUCUCCACUAGUCCCAAACUACACGGAGAGGGCAAGGACAAACUGCCAGCCCAGACGACUUCUUUGUGUAUUUACUCCUUCAUUUACUCCUGUGGGGCAGAAUAUAUUGGUCGCACGAGCCAGCGUUUGUCCAAAAGAAUAAGAGAACAUCUUCCAGUUUGGUUAGGAAAGGGCCCCUUAAACCUGAGCUACAGAAUAAUUAUCUCUACAGAGUUGACGAUUGUCCGCUUAUUUCUUACCUUUUGAUACCUUCCAGUUCUUGAGAUGUUUAAGUUGCUCGUAAGCAAAUAGGGAGUUCAAAGGUGAAGACCUACAUUUCCCUCAAACUAAACUGAACUGGAGUGACCGUCCUAGGACGUUGGAUGCAUUCCGACCAGAUUGUUGAAAAUGUGGUAAUUUUUCUACUUUCAACAAAGUUUACGACCUCGACGCUGUCCUGAGGUAAAUGGAGUACUUCAUGACCUCCCUGACAUUUAGCAAGCUGCAAUCAGACAAUGCCGGUAGCAGUAAGACGUCCACGUUUAUUAACAAAAGAUUUCCCACUUUUCAUAUUAAGUAGGCAGGCUAUAAAAAUAUAAAGCGAACAGACAUUUUUUUCUAUCGUCCGGUUUUUUACCAGGGAGUGUGUGCAUGAUUUAUUAUUGCAAAUAUCAUGAUUUUCCUAGUUGAAUUAAAUGUGUAUGAGCUGUCUGGUAAUUCAUUUUAUGCCUUUGAUACUUGUGAGAAUGUGACUUUUAAUUCGCUUCAACAACAUCUCCUAACUCCUGUUUAUACACAGUCUGUGGACCUUUAGAAUAUGGUGCAGCAAUUAUAUUUCUUGGGAUGCCUGUUUUCCAACUAAUCCUUUCCAUAUAAUCUUUGAACUAUGCUGAAAUUUUCGAAAAUGCCGCAAACUCCUUUAUAACCACGUAAAUAUCUGAGGGAAAACGGCCUAUUAGAAAUGUACAGUAAUUAGUUAGAUGAAAAGCAUAAGAAAUAUUGAAACGAAAAUAUAUCUCUAAAACAGGACACUUCAUGUCGCACGACUAAACGCAUAUUUCAAAAACACAUGGUGGAUUUCAAUGCAAUUUGUUGAACUAAUCGAACAGGAAAAGAGCAGUGAUGCCGAUAAAUUCCCUCUAGCUUUUCAUUAGUCGGAAUAUUCCCAACCAGACGGGCAGACGGUUGACUGAUUAAAAUUUGACCAAGUUAUCACAAACGAUUUAACGGAAUUUGCUUGAAGGCUUUUGCGUUCUCUGUAGUUUUAAAUGCGGCUUAACCUAGAGACGACCAUUUUGGUCAAGAUUCUUCAUACGGCAGCCUGCUGGAUGACAGUUUUCACAAGGGCAUACAAAGAGACUUUAAUUAGCUCUUGGAGGUUUGGAGAAUACUGAACAAAUGCAGUUAUAAGCACACAAUAUCCUGUGCUCUCUAGCAAUGCCAGUUUCGCCAAAACAUUAAGAUCUGUUCAAAGUAUCAGUGCAACGUUCAUCGUUCGCUACGGUUUUUAACAAUACAAAUCACGAACACGUUAAAAUAUGUUAAUGCAUUCUGAGAGAAAAAUGGGGGUUGGGGAAGAAUUUUCCAUUCCAGCACAUGGGCAUGUUUCUUGCAAAAGUAACACCUUUUUGCGUUUAGCAGCCCCUGGUCCUAUGAGGUAACACAUGCUUUAUAUAUUCUAUUCGCACAUGGUCAACAUGGAUCCUAAUUGCUCGGUCAUUUAGAAAACAAAAUGGUAGUUAACAAUGCCGGUAGGAGUAAGACGUCCACGUUUAUCCGCAAAAGAGUUCCCACUUUUCAUAUUAAGUAGGCAUGCUAUAAAAAUAUAAAAGGAUCAGAAAUUAUUUUAUCGUCCAGUUUUGUACCAGGGGGUGUGUGCAUGAUUCAUUACCGCAAAUAUCAUGAUUUUCCUAGUUGAAUUAAAUGUGUAUGAGAUGUCUUGUAAUUCAGUUUAAGCUUUUGAUUCUUGUGAGAAUGUGACUUUAAAUUCGUUUCAACAACAUCUCCGAACUCCUGUUUAUACACAAUCUGUGGACCUUUAGAAUGUGGUGCAGCAAUAGUAGGAUUGUUAACCGGAGGAAUAUUAUAGGAUCUGCCUUCACAGUCUUAGGCCCAUUUUCAUAUGCAUAAAAAGUUCAAAUUGUGUUCCAUUCAAGCCACUAAAAAUACAUUAUCCGACAUAGGAAAUAUUUUUUAUUUACUAUUAACUCGGAUAUUUAAGAUAUGACCAUCAAAUCAGAAAAAUGACUUUACCACAGGUCGAUUACUUAUAGCCUAACGUAACGUAAAACUUGGAGGCAAAAUAUAAUUUAACACAGCAAUGAUGAAAAUAAAUAAAAAUACAACACAUCAGUAUUUUUUGAAUGUUUAAUUGCUUCUAUCUUCCCUGUGAUUCGGGAGAACAUAGAUACAGUAAACAUAUUGACGUUGGUUCGGUCAAAAUAAUUGCCAAACAUAAAAUCCGGUUCUUGGUUGCACUGAAAGUCGUUUCCUUGACAUUCACAGUUUGCUUUUAUUAAGGAAAAGAGAUUUUUGAUUGGAAUGCGGCCUGGGAUGUUUUCAAGAAUAAAUAUACAUUCCAGACCGCAGGCCGAGAUGCAGGCUGUUGUCUAAAAUUAGAUUGUCAGUGUAAGCUUAAUCGGAAUCAUACCUAAUUUGAGCAGUGAACAAACGCAUUAUUCAGCAGUACUAUGGUGUCCAUUUGAUUUCGGUGAAUGCCAUCGUAGCCGAAUGCAUCCUUUACGAUGCCGACGGGCACUCGGCCGUUGUCGGUCUCUGUUGUCGACGGCCAAAUCGGGUGCUCUCUAAUGUUGACUGUCAUCCAAACUGUCAGGGGCCGACAGUUCUUGAACGUUGUUGCCGACUGAGUGUGAUUCCCUGAGAAGUUCUUCCCACACGUGACCAACUGGCCGACUUCGGACGCUUAUUUAGAAGUAAAACUUCAUCGCAAAGGUAAAUGAUUCACAAAAUGAAACUGAUAUCUUUUUGAGCAAGCAGAAGGCGUUCCCAAACCAGUUUUCUUUUUGAAAAUGACUUUGUCGUGGCAUUUUGCUAAUUGAGUCCGAGUUCUCCCAUCCUGAUUCUGAUUGUGCGCAUAGAAUACAUUGACAGACGUAUUCUAUGAAUAGUCUGAAGAGUUAUACACUGGGAAUUUUCAGUCUUCGGCGGAUAAAACCGUGGUACUGGUCGCUUGCUGACUGUUUUGGUCCACCUUGCAUAACGAAAGACAUUGUUUUAUUAUUAACAACCUACCGCACAGUGACCUGGUUAAUAUUUAAAAUGUUAGCUAUCGACACAUGCAGCAGCCCUUUGGAUGCCAAUUUUUUAUGGUUCCAAAAUCAACGUCCGACUGAAAUUAAUUUGACAUUCUUGUUGAACGGCGUGACUCAGAAAGGUGACAGUAUGUACCUCGCAAUCUAUAUAUACGUGUUUAUGCCUACUAAUUCCCGGUUCAGUAUAACAAAUACUGUUGAACACGACCAUAUUGCUAAAUAGAAUUUGUAAAGGGAAUGCGUUUAACAUACUUGCCUCCACCGGAUUUUUUGAAAUCAAAAUCGUAAUUUCCGUUUGGGUAGUACACUGCUUCGAGAGUUUUCUACAUUAUAUGAGUGUUCCUUUAAAACCCGACGCGAGGUAAUGGAUGUUUAAAUAGGUGUUACUUAAAUACACAAUGCAUCGCGUAAAUAUCCGUGCCUAGUGUUGUCCUGUUUCCCCUCAUUUAGACUAACUUAACGCCAAUUCUUCUUUAGCAAAGGGCUUUUAGGGGUUCCAAUCAAUUUUAAAAACAACACUAAUCAUACCAAAUACAGUAGAUGACCAAACUCAUGAAUGGUAUCAAACUUUCUAGUGAUUGCCAAUCAUUCGCAAUCCAACGCCAUUUGUUAUAUCCAAUGUCUAUGUUAAUUAAGUACGACUUUGAAAGAAUUAAAAACAAAAGAAUUACUAAACAGGGUGUCGCGUUGUUUGAAAAUGCCGAUUUUUUUAGAAAAUCGUAACAUCCCGAAAACGUCAGCAAUGGCUGUGAUUUAAAAAAUUUCAUUUGUAGAUACAGAUAAUGUAUUCUCGUGCCAAAAGCGUCGUACAUAUGAAGGCAAAAAUAUAAUAACGUUUGAUUAUAGCGUUUAAGUGAAGUUUACAUCUAAAUAUCGUUUGAGAAACAGUGUAAUUUCACUCAUGGCGGUUUGUCAACAACCAACACUUUAAAUAUAGAUUCCAAAACAGUCCUCCAGAAAUUCGUGGUAUUCUUGGCUCGCUUGAGUUGAAUGAGAUGAGACUCAACAAGAGAAACGGGAUUUGGCUUGAUUUCGCCGAUGGGGACUUCGUAGGAACAAACGUUUUCAUAAGGCGACAUGCUCCUUGGCCGAUCGGUGCGAUCGUGAACACAGCAUUUUGCGUUUGUAAAGAGAACGUUUUUCCUGAUUUAUACUUUUCGACCGUUUUGGAGUACGUUGGGUUUCAGAUCGACCUUAAAAUAUUGCUGAAUGCAUCAUGAUUUUCAGUCUUUUCACUCGGACGUCCAUGACGACAGGUUGUGAAUUACCUCCCUGUUACACACUUAACAAUAGGAUAAUUGCUGAAGGCAUUUACAGAAUUAAUGGGUGAUUCCCAAGCGACCGUCUAUUUCUUUAAGGAUGCUGAUCCUGUGUUUGUUGCAAACCCUCUCAAAAAUCGGACAUACAGUUAAUGACCUAACUCAUGAAAUGUGUCGAGAUUUACGAAUGGUUGUCAAUCACUCGCAAACCGACACCAGUUCAUGAGUCCAAUGUCUAUGUUAAUUAAGAACAAGUUUAAAAGAAUUAAAAACCUAAACGAAAUGUUAUAGGCAGUGUUGCGUUGUUUAGAAAUGUCGAUUUAUUUUGAAAAGCACAAUAUCCCGAAAACGCCAGAAAUGGCUCUAUUUAAGUAAAAUUCGUUUUUAGAUGUAUAGUAGCUAUUGUCAUAUCAACAACGUAGUAGAUAUGAAAGUCGGCAUAAAAUAAAUUCUAAUAACAGUGUUUUAUUGAAGUUUACAGCUAAAUAUCGUUUAAUACGUAGGGCGACUUAUAUAUGACGGCUUGUCAACUGCCCACAUUUUGUGUGUAGAUUCCAAAACAGUUUUCCAAUGUUUCGUGUUUUCGUUGACUAUUUGGAGUUAAAUGAGAUGGGAUUCAACAAGAAAAGCUGGAGUUUGCUUGAUUUUGCCAAAGCGGGCCGUCGUAGGAUCAAAAGCUUUCAUAAGGUGACAUAUCAUGAGGCCGGUCAGUGCCGGUCAUAGACAUACCACUUUGUGUUUGUAAAGAGAACGUUUGUUACGUUAAAUUAAUUUAUAUUUUUUGUUCGUUUUGGAUUGCUCUGAGUUUCAGAUCGGGCUUGAAUUAUUGCUGAAUAGUUCAUGUAUUUUAUUGUUUUCAUUCGAUCGUCCAUGACGACAGAUUCUGAAUUACCUCUGUUACAAACUUCAAAAUAGGAUAAUUCUUGACGGCGUGUAUUGAAUUAGCGAGUGUUUGGGUGCCCCUCUUUGCGAAGAAGGUCAUUUGGGUCACACGUGAAGACUAAUUGGCCGGACAAUUGUGUGUAGCCUGGACUGUGCAAGGCGAAGGAGCGGUUCCUGUCUUACGGGAUCGGUGGGAAAGGGGGUUUUUAGGGUGGGGUAAACGGGGAACCCAUCGAACAGUAAGAAAAAAAGUAAAAAAAGAGGUUCAAAAAGUAAAUAAUAAAGUUUGUUUGAGGUGAAAAUGUGCCGAAAAUUCAAAAAGGAAGCCGUAACCAAUGGGAGCAAUAUACCCAAGGCCAAGGCCAUUCGGUUUAAGGUGUCCCAGACAAUACUGCCACUGAUGAUGAAUCCUGGUCAAAUGCCAAGGACAAGUAGGGCGGUGGAAAGUGAACCAGAAGAACGAUAAGUAUGAAUGCAAAAUACGGAGGACGGAAGCCGUAUUUAUUAAUUUGUUCAAUAAUUACCAAACGUUUCCCAUUUAUAGAAGGGUGACAGCCAAGAAGAAACGUAAGGCCGCUCCGCAAGCUAAUAAUGCCAUCGGAGAUUGA